AGGUCCGCAAUAACACAGCAGACGUCAAGCGAAGCAAACGUCCAGCGGUCGAUGCAGCAAAUGGUUAAUCUUUCUCCGUUCUUGGGAUACAAUAUCAUAAAGAAUUGUAAAAAAUGCUGGUUGCAUUGCACGAUAUAUUGUCUAUUCGUCUGCUUGAUGCAAGCCACGCCUCCAGUGCUAUGCUGACGAAUGAAGUUGGCCUGCCACAUGUAAACUUAUGUGAAUCCAACCACAUCCGUGAGCAAACUUGCCUGGUUUGAGGGACCGGUGUCGAACCGAUAUUAUGCCCGAAAAAGGCAACAAGUCUAAAUAUGCUCCUUUGGCAGGAGGGCAACGGAAACGACCCGAUCUUCUUCCAACCAGGUAUGUCUUGUCUGUGUACCUCUUCUGCGGAUUCUUCAUGUUAUAUGCGUUGCGGGUGAACCUGAGUGUAGCCAUUGUGGCCAUGGUCAACGGGACUGUAGCUAAUAACAGCAAUGGUGGAGAGUGUCCUGCCUUGGAUGGCUCCAUCUACAACGUCACCUCUGACAUGGAAAAUGGAGAGUUUCAAUGGGAUGAGAACACACAGGGCCUCAUUCUGGGCUCUUUCUUUUAUGGCUACGUCCUGAGUCAGGUACCUGGGGGACGACUAGCUGAGCUGUUGGGUGCCAAGUGGCUUUUGGGAGGAGGCAUCAUGCUCACUUCUCUGCUCACUCUGCUCACCCCUGUGGCUGCCUACUGGGGCCCUUCAGCCCUGAUGGCCCUCAGGGUUCUUGAAGGAUGCUGUGAGGGCGUCAUGUUUCCCUCAACAAUGGCUCUGUUGUCCCAUUGGUGUCCUCGCCAUGAACGCAGUCGCAUGAUUAGCUUCAACGUGGUGGGCACGUCUCUUGGUACAGUCAUCACCCUUCCCCUAACCGGCCAGCUCUGCAGCAAUCCCAUUUUUGGAGGAUGGCCCACCGUCUUCUACUUGUUUGGUUCUCUGGGCUGUUUGUGGUCCCUGGCAUGGGCAUUGUUCGUGUACGAGUGUCCAGAAUUGCAUCCACGUAUAUCAAAGAAGGAGCUCCACUACAUCCAGAGACACAGAGACAACAGCCAUGUAGCAAGUGCUCAAGUACCGUGGCGUCUUCUCUUAUCUUCCAGAGCAGUUUGGUCUCUGGGAGUGACCAUGUUCUGUGCCAACUGGGGUUUCUACCUUUUACUCAUUGACCUUCCAAAUUACCUCAAGAGCGUUCUUCAUUACCCACUUAAUAGUAAUGGUUACCAAAAUGGAAUGAUUCACAUGGCAUGUGCCCUGAGCACGCUGUUAUGUGCUCCUGCAGCUGACCUGCUUAGGAAGUACAAGGUCUUUGCUGUUACCACAAUUCGAAAAAUCUUUCAAACAAUCGGAUUAGUAGGUCCAGCCUUGUGCUUAGGCUGUGUUCCAUUGAUGGGCUGCAGUCACCAUUUGACCAUCACAUUACUUAUCCUGGGAAUGUCCCUUUAUGCAUUUACCAUCGGUGGCCAAAGUCCAGUGGCUCUGGAUAUUGCUCCACACUUUGCAGGGACUGUGAUGGGAAUCACGAAUGGAAUGGGCAAUAUGGCUGGCAUGUUGGCACCUCUUGUUACGGGUUACUUCACAGAGCAUAAUGAAAGCCUCGGACAAUGGAAAAAAAUAUUUUUCCUCGCUUCCACUAUCUACAUGUUGGGCGCUGUGGUCUUUGUCCUCUUUGGCUCAGCAAAGCAAGAGGAAUGGGGGGCCUUGCCUCACGUAGACACUUUCCAAGAACCAUUUGCGAGCUCAGAGUAAGUGGACUGAGUGCAGAGGAUCCCAGGUACAGAGGCAGAUCUGAGGGGACAUCCUGCCCCCCCGAUUUCUGUCGUUACAUAUGGUUUCAAUUGAACUUAUGUGGUGCAGUAGGAUGCUGCCAAACACAAGACCUCGCAGUUGAGCAAGAUCUGCCUCUGCGCAGAUUCAUUCCAUUUUCUAUUUCCGAAACAUUACCGCUUUUUGAGUAAGUCUUUGUAAACAGGAGUCGUUUUUAUGUUGACCAUCUGAAUAUCCCACCCAUCAUGAAACACAUUGCAAACUAGAAUGUUGCAAUAAAUGUUACUUUUGAUACUGUU